AUGUGCUAUAUUGUGGAGACACAUUCGCUCCGCUGCGAUGUUCGUCCCCUUUUCAGCAACGGCGAGAAACCCAUUGUUGACACUCACAGCACCCCGCCCCCCUGCGACUGCGAUCAGGACACCGACAUCCCCAACGCACUCAGGUGCCCUGAGCACGGAUGCUGCAUGCUGACACAAAAGACAAUAUAUUGCAAUAACCCCGAAGCUUGCGAGUUUUGGGACUGCUACUUGUACGAGCAGCGCCAGCCUACGCCUGCCACGCUCUGGACGCAGCACGACGCCUUUGACGGUCCGUUCCUGUCACAGCAGCAGUGGGAUCGAUCUGACGACUCAGAUUUGGUAAUGAACCUGGAGAUCUGGGGCUUUCCUGUGUCAUCCACGGCUGGGCCCAUUGUGAGCGAAGAUGAGCCUUUCCACGAAGCCUACGAUUUGUACCUUCACUAUGGCCGUGAAUUGUACUCGCUGCAGCAGAAGAUCACGUGGUGCAAAACGCUCUUUGCGGAUUUGGACACCAUUUGUCGUGAGUGCGAAGGGUGCGUGAACACGCACUCGACCGUCGACUGCCCCUUUAUGACUGUGCGAGCCGAAAUCAUGGAGCGCAUGUAUGAUCUGGACAGCCAAGGCGUCCAGGCGGCUCUCGAGCAAGCUGUACAUGGAAACUUCUUGAUGAGCAGUGCAUCCGUUCGGACCCCGUUUAUGGGAGUUUCACGAGUACACGAUGUUGUCGAGCAGGAAGACGAGUGGGACCAUCUGGUCAAGUCGGCGUUGGCUAUUGUCUGCGAGGGAUAGUGCGAAUAGAUUGCAUCGCUUCUUUGGGUGGAGGUACAUAGAGCAGC